CGCCGGCAUGUUUUCUCAUAAUAUAAAUCCUAAGUCCUGCGUUUCUUUAUUAGGAAGUUUUCCAGGACAGAUAACAAACCGCACACUCUAUCUGUCCUAUUUAUUUUAUCACGUAUAGAUAGCCUUACUAGUGCGACCUUGCUGCCACACCCCUUACAGUUGUGUCGAAAGCUUUACCACUAGAUUGUUACAUACAAUAUCCGGGCCAAAGACCAUACCAUGUUUACAUGACUUUUUCAUUUUUAUUGAUUACAUCUCUAGGUUGGACCGAGCAAGUGGUUUCAUGGUAGCGCGUAUAUGAAACAAAAGUGACAUUUUGACGCGGUAUUAAUCUUCACUGAUCGUCCCUGCGUGUCAUAUAUAUUUUAUAUUUUUCUUUGUACACUUGCAAUAUGCAGCUUUUCCGCAGUGUUCUAUCUUACACAUUGCGUGGAGCGUCUCGACUUCUCAUUCUGCUGAUCCGCUGCUUUUCCGUCUUCAGUCGAAAGUACCCCAGGCCGGAUCCUCCAACCGAUCCGUUGCUCUUGACUUCUGCGUCGGAUUUGGCAGAAAAAAUUCGAAACGGCGAGCUUAGAAGCAGUGUCCUUGUACAGACCUUUAUAUCCAGAAUCCAGCAGGUGAAUACAGUGCUCAAUGCUGUGGUGUGUGAAAGAUUUGAUGAUGCUCUUCAAGAGGCCAGGAGUGUUGAUGAUAUGUUGUCUUCAGGGACAGAAGAUAAGGAAACUCUCAGACACAAAUACCCUCUCCUUGGUAUUCCAUUUACUGUUAAAGAAGCCUUUGCUCUGCAAGGCAUGCCACAGAGUUCUGGGCUUCUUUCUCGAAGUUCAUUUUUCCCAGAGACGGAUGCAGUGGUUGUUUCUCGUUUAAAGAGAGCUGGAGCAAUUCCCUUAGGUGUCACUAAUUGCAGUGAACUGUGUAUGUGGUACGAGUCAAGCAACAACGUUUAUGGAAGGACUCGGAAUCCAUACAACCCUCAGCAUAUUGUUGGGGGCAGCUCUGGUGGUGAAGGCUGCAUAAUCUCAGCAGGUGGGUCUGUAAUUGGAGUGGGAUCUGAUAUUGGAGGCAGUAUACGUAUGCCGGCUUUCUUUAAUGGCAUUUAUGGGCACAAGCCAACAACAGGUAUUGUUCCCAAUGAAGGACAGUUUCCGAAUGCUCAAGGCUGCCGCUCUGAUUUCCUCUGCACUGGCCCAAUGUGUAGAUAUGCCAGGGACCUUACCAUUGUUCUUAAAGUGAUGGCUGGAAAGAAUGCUGAACGCCUGUCUCUUGAUCGGGAAGUCUCCUUGCGUAGUCUUCAGUUCUUUUACAUGGAGAAUGAUGGGGGUGGUAUUUUUGUAAGUGAUGUAGACCAGGAACUUAUUCAAGCACAGAGACAGUUGAUUAAGUACUUAGAAACUGACCUUGGAGUUCAUGUCCAACCAGUCAACAUACACAACCUGCGCUAUUCUUUUCAGAUCUGGUCAGCUAUGAUGUCGUCAGAUGGGAGCAAAGGACAGAGCUUUGCAGAUUUGAUGAGUGGUGAGAGACCUUUGUGGCCAAGCUGGGAAAUUUUGAAAUGGAUGUUUGGUUUCUCAAAGUACACGCUGCCAGGAAUUGGUCUUUGCCUUACUGAAAAGUUGGCCACGGUGAAUACUGGUGCAAAUGAGAGGAUGGCACAGAAGGCAAAACAACUAAAAGAAGAAAUUGGUUCCUUAUUGGGAGAUGAUGGAAUACUGAUUUAUCCUUCACAUCCAAAAAUUGCACCUCGACACCAUGAACCAAUCGCUAUGCCUUUCAACUUUGCAUAUACAGGGAUAUUCAAUAUUUUGGGAUUUCCUGUCACUCAGUGCCCUUUGGGGCUUAGUGAGACUGGACUGCCUUUAGGAAUACAACUUAUUGCCUCUCACUACAAUGAUCACUUAACAUUGGCUCUUGCAAAGCAUCUAGAAAUUGGUCUGGGGGGCUGGAAACCACCAAAGGCUUAAAAAUAAAAAAUAACUUGGUCCAUGAAGCCCUGAUCUCGUACAAUAAUUCUGAAGAGCUUUAAAAAACAAAACUACAUUCCAGUAUGUGAAGAUCUGUAUCAACUAGAAACAACGUUUUCUUGAAGUAUCAUUGGCUAAUUUUGUUUGGUAAAAUGUACACUCUUUAAUGCUGACCCCAUUUUAUUAUGCAUUAUUUAGUUAAUUCAUAAAAUGUGCAAAUUACAUUAAAAUAAAAAACAAAA